GCUCUGUGCAGACUGACAUUGUACGUGAACGCAUCUCGAAUGGGCUGGCUAUGGGGUCGCGGUACUUGAGAAUCCAGCCUUAUUCGGACGCACGAAGCAAACCUGAUGGUAGUCCUCGUUAUUAUGAAACCCGAAUCUCCACAUUCCGUUCAUCGGCCUGAGUCAAAAGGUCCCAGGCCGCGACUAGCCUACUAGUCGCGUGGACGCCAUAGCGUCGAAGGCGGCAUGUCGUUCGAGGUUAGUUUCAGAGUCCCUGCCGACUUGAUUCGCCGCGAGACCGCCGAUCAUCAUGGCGACGAGGCCACGGCAACAACACGCCCCGCCGGCGGCGGCCACGGCGCCCGCAGCUCCACGGACCGCCAUUCUGGGUGCAGACCUUCCGCACCAUCCCACGUGGACGUCCACGUGGCUGUGUCUCCAGAGGAGCCCCUCCGAUCAGUCUUCCGCAGGCUGUUUCAAUCGCACCUGCCCAACUGCUGCUUGCCAUGCGACGCACGCGACGGCGUACAGGGUGGCGGGGAAUGGGAGGGAGAGGCGCUGGCGGGACAGGUGGUGCGGUUCAUGGUUGUGGGACAGGUGGUGUACCUCUCGCCUCACGUGAACGUCCAGAAAGCUAAGCUCGAGCCGGGGUCGAUCAUCAAAGUGCUUCCCGUGAAGGCAGUGCGUGGAGAAGGAUUGGUUAUGGGCAAGGAGAACGUUGUACGGGGGGAUGACACGCCUGCUGCUGCGCCAGUUGCUGCGCCUUGGGAUCAUUUCGGCUCCAGCAGCGACGAGGAGGGGGAGGAGGAGGGGGAGGAGGAGGGGGAGGAGGAGGGGGAGGAGGAGGGGGAGGAGGAGGGGGAGGAGGAGGGGGAGGAGGAGGGGGAGGAGGAGGGGGAGGAGGAGGAGGGAGAGAAGGAGCAAGUAGGUGCAAGAAAGGUUGGUGGAGGGAAGGAGCGGGAGAAGCUUCAGCUGUGGGUCCGAAUCUAUGGCUCAGAUUUCAUCUCUGCAAGGGAGUGCUUCAAGGACAGCCCACAGGGCAAGGUAUUGCCCAUGCGCCACCCGCUUCGGGACCUACCGAGCCUGCUCAGGCUCGGCGCUAUCCCCAAGCCUCAGGACCCGGGUAGCUUUCCCCUAGAGUGGGAGGAGUGGCCGGAGGGCGAUGAAGCUGCUGUGAAGCUUCCUGAUGAUGGGAGUGUGAGAUGUUUUCGGCUGGGGAUUGUGCAAGAGAGUGGGACAGCGGAGGAGGGCAGGUGUGGUGUCUCUCCACCGGCUGAUGGUCCUGCUGGGCACGCAUCAAGGGCAGGAGGUACGGGCACGGCGACACGCGGCCGAGGAGGAGGAAGGGGGUCCGGCAGGGGCAGUGGUAGGAGAGGCGGAAGAGGCAGCGGGUCCGCGCCAAGGCGAGGAAGCGUGGAGGCAUCUCUGGAAGGAGCCAUGGCGCCGCCCAACAGAACACGGCCCAUGGUGUGCUGCACGGCCGAUGCGGAAUUUCUGGUGGAGUUUGCGGGCAGCCUGAUGGCCCCCCCAGCGUGCGCGCAGUGCAAGCAGUGCAUUCAGCAGUUCAUGCACCACUUCCCCUUCCUCGCGCUCGCCGCCAACUUCGCCUACCGCCCCGCCACCCUGCUCUUCAACCGCUUCGUGUCUGUGUUCCCACCGCACUCCACCGAGUUCAACCAGCUCGUGGGGCUGCUGCAGCUGGACCCGUUCCCCCGGGACGUGCCCGCGUUCUUCAACGUGCACGUGGUGCGCGAGUGCGCGGAGCAGCUGCCCCUGCUGUUCCUCAUCGACGUGGCGCUCCACUGGCCCACGGCCGUGCUGCGCAUGGACGAGCUCGAGGGCCUGGGCCAGAACGAGCGCAGCCCGGGCGAGCGGAGUGCUAGUGAAUCGAGCACUGCAGCUGCAGCCAUCUCACACGUAGGAGCAACUUCCAACGCAAAAGACUGUGCUCCUGCGCCUUCCAAGGCACGUGUGUGUGGCUCUGCAGGGUGUGGGAAGGUGGAGGGUGGCGGAGUGAAGCUGAAGAGCUGCUCUGGGUGUGGCAAGGUGGCGUAUUGCAGCAGAGACUGCCAAAAGGCGCACUGGCCCUCCCACAAGCUCGCAUGCCCAGGCAGGGUCAAUGGCAAGAGGAUUAGGAAGGAUGGUGGCAAAGAUGGGGGCACGAGCAGUGGCCACACCAGUGGCAAGGUCUGAAGACUUGUCACUUGGUUCUUCUUUCACCUGGCCUGUGAGGGAUGUCCAAGCCGCUUGGUGCCUUACAGACAUACGAGUUGCCACGUCAUGUCCUGCCAUCUUCAUGGUGAUGAACCUGGCGGCUGUGCAAGGCCAUUGGUGGUGGUCACUGGGAGGGGCAGCAACAUAUGGAUGACCACCAUGAAAUUCACUAUACUCAAAGCCACAAGCAAAUCGUCAACAUGGCCUCUCUUGUUGCUGCUGAUCCGGAGUCGGUACGACUGCUUGCCAUUGGCCAGUCGGUCAUACAAACCUGUUAAGAAAAAAAGGAGACUUAG